AUGGAAUUCCCAAGAGAAGAUCUUUCAAACAAUAGACCACCGGCUCUACUUGGCACAAACUUCUCCUACUGGAAAGCUCGAAUGCAGAUAUACAUUCUAGCACAAGGAGAAGGCGUCUGGAAUGCAAUAGAAAACGAAUGGAAAACUCCAGUCGAUGACAAAGGGAAUGCAAAACCUAGAGUUGAUUGGAGUGAAGAAGAGAAAACUGAAUAUGACUUCAACUCAAAGGCUAUGAAUGCAAUAUAUGGAGCAGUAAGCGAAGACACUUUUAAACUAAUUGCAUCAACUCACAUAGCCAAAAUUGCAUGGAGUAUAUUGUGCGAUCAUCAUGAGGGAAAUACAACUGUAAGACAAUCUAAGCUUCAGAUGAUACAAACUGAAUUUGAAAACCUGAAAAUGGAAGAGGAAGAAAACAUCACCCAAUUCAGUACCAGAGUUUUAAGUAUAUCCGGAGAUGCAUUCAACCUAGGCGAACCUAUACCCGAAUAUAGGAUCGUCAAAAAGGUACUACGCUCACUACCUGGGAGAUUCCAAAUGAAAGUCACCGCUAUUCAAGAAAAUAAAGAUCUGAAUACAUACAGGCUUAGUGACCUAAUAGGAAAUCUUCAAACCUAUGAACUUGAGAUGCUACAAAGUCAGAAAAACAAUGGUAAAGGAAUAGCAUUACAGUCCACACAAGAAGAGAACUCAGAAACUGAUUCAGAAACCAUGGAACAGUCAAUUGUCCUAUUGACAAAGAAUUUUAACCGAGUUCUCAAAAAGUUUAACAAGUCCAGGAAUAAAAAUUUCUCAAACAACCAAGGAAAUUCCACGAAUCAAAAACCAUCCAAUCCAAAGAGAAGAGAUAAUACAAUUACAGAAGGAAUACAAUGCUAUGAAUGCAAAGGCUUUGGACUCAUUCAAUCAGAAUAUAGUGAAGAAGAUGACAGCAACACAAACUUCGUAGCUUUCACUGCUAGCCAUGAAGACAACAAUAAUGAUGACAUGCAAGAGUUACUAGAGGCAUACACUCAACUAAAUGCCAAGUGGGAGCAAAUCAUCAAGAAAAAUUUGGAACUCAUGGAAGAUAAUCAUUAUUUAAAAAACGAAAAGGAACGAAUAGAGAAACAAUACAAAGAAGCUCAAAAAGAACUAUCAGACUUCAAAAACAAUGAAGCUAAACUACUACAAGAAAUCAAGGAGCUCACCGAAAGACCCAGGACACCAAUCACAGACACCAGUGAAAAUCACCAAACCGAGACACAGGAAAUGUCACAACAGCACUUCCGACACCGAAGAAGGAUAAGGCAUAUGACUGGAAAUCCAGAAAAUUUAGCAAAAAUACAAUAUGAAAAUGAAGGAUAUGUUACCUUUGGAGAUGGAGGAAGAGGAAGAAUUGUUGCAAAGGGAACCUUGAACAAUGAAAAAGAUGGAAGAAUAGGAAAGAUCAUUCGCCUAAGAAGUGAUCAUGGGAGAGAGUUCGAGAACUCAAAAUUCAAGGAAUACUGCACAGAAAAUGGGAUUCAUCAUGAGUUUUUCGAACCAAAAACACCCCAACAAAAUGGAGUAGUUGAAUGA